AUGAGGUUGUGGCCUACCGUGGUGCGAGAAAAGCACCGAGACUUCGUGGCAGAGCCCAUGGGGGAAAAGCCAGUGGGAAGCCUGGCUGGGAUUGGUGAAGUCCUGGGCAAGAAGUUGGAGGAAAGGGGCUUUGAUAAGGCUUAUGUGGUUCUUGGCCAGUUUCUGGUGCUAAAGAAAGAUGAAGACCUCUUCCAAGAAUGGCUGAAAGACACGUGUGGUGCCAAUGCCAAGCAGUCCCGGGACUGCUUUGGGUGCCUUCGAGAAUGGUGUGAUGCUUUCUUGUAG